CUUCGCGCACACCGGUAGUGUGAGGUGUAUCUGACCGGGGUCUGGAUACUUCUGCAUAAAAUCAAACGUUCUUGCAUGUACUCUAAUAGUAUUUUGUAUCGAUUCGUAUCCACGGGGCGUCUGUGGGUCGUGGGAGAGGGCGUUGAGGGUUGUGAGCGGCAUUAUCGUGAAAUUGUUCGUCUCACCUGAGUCUUGGUCAGGCCAGGCAAAGUGCGGUUGAGAUGGACAGCGAAGGGAGGAAAGUGGUCGUGUGCGACAAUGGGACCGGGUUUGUCAAGUGCGGCUUUGCGGGCGACAACUUUCCCGCGCACAUCUUCCCCGCCAUGGUCGGGCGGCCCACCAUUCGGUCCUCCACCAAAGUGGGCAACAUCGAGAUCAAGGACCUGAUGGUGGGGGAGGAGGCGAGUGAGCUGCGGCAGCUGCUGGAGGUGUCCUACCCCAUGGAGAACGGCAUGGUGCGCUCCUGGGACGACAUGCUCCACCUGUGGGACCACACCUUCGGCCCCGACCGCCUCGACGUCAGCCCGCCCGACUGCAAGAUUCUGCUGACAGAACCUCCCAUGAACCCACUGAAGAACAGGCAAAAGAUCGCAGAGGUCAUGUUCGAGACGUACCAGUUUCACGGCAUCUACGUCGCCAUCCAGGCCGUGCUCACUCUCUACGCACAAGGGCUGUUGACGGGGGUGGUGGUGGACUCUGGAGACGGAGUCACACACAUCUGUCCCGUGUACGAGGGCUUCUCACUGCCCCACCUCACACGCAGACUGGACAUCGCCGGACGGGACAUCACACGCUACCUCAUUAAGCUGUUGCUGCUGAGGGGCUAUGCCUUCAACCACUCUGCGGACUUUGAGACGGUGCGCAUGCUGAAGGAGAAGCUGUGCUUCGUGGGCUACAACAUCGAGCAGGAGAAGAGGCUCGCCGAAGAGACCACCAUCCUGGUGGAGUCUUACACGCUCCCUGACGGGCGUGCGGUGCUGGUGGGUGGUGAGCGUUUUGGGGCUCCCGAGGCUCUGUUCCAGCCGCACCUCAUCAACGUGGAGGGAGUGGGCGUGGCCGAGCUGCUCUUCAACACCAUCCAGGCUGCCGACAUCGACACCAGGUCAGACUUCUACAAGCACAUCGUGUUGUCGGGCGGCAGCACCAUGUACCCCGGCCUGCCUUCCCGUCUGGAGCGGGAGAUUAAGCAGCUCUAUCUGGAGCGAUGCCUCAAGGGAGACACCAAGGCCUUAUCUAGGUUCAAGAUCCGCAUCGAGGACCCUCCCCGCCGCAAGCACAUGGUGUUCAUGGGCGGCGCCGUGCUGGCACACAUCAUGAAGGACAAGGACUCCUUCUGGCUCAGCCGGGCCGAGUACCUGGAGAAGGGCAGCAACGCGCUGGAGAAGCUGGGGGGCAAAACCUACUAGAGGCAGAAGGAGAGAAGGAGGGAUGGAUGGAUGGAGGGAGGGAUGGAUGGAUGGAUGGAGGGAUGGACAGAUACUGAUAGAUUCUUAGGGACAGAUUCUGAUUCUGUAUUUUAGAUGGAUGUGCUCUAUUUACUGUAUCUAUCUACGCCUGAGCAUCUAUCAGAUAGAAAGAUAGAUAUAGAUGCAGUAGAUAGGCAGAUGCUAUAGGAUGUAGAUAGAUAUAUAGAUAGAUAGAUGCUAGAAUAUAGAUAGGUAGAUAGAUAGAUAGAUAGAUAGAUAGAUGCUAGAAUAUAGAUAGACAUAGAUAGAUAGAUAGAUAGAUGCUAGUAUGCAGAUAGAUAGAUAGAUAGAUAUAGUAGAGUAGAGUCGAGUAGAGUAGAGCAGGGGAAAGUAGAUCGUAGUGUAAUUUUCAGAGUGAUGUGACCUUAUGGAGCAGAAUAGUAGAGAACCAAGACUGUGCCAAGAGUAUGUGUUUCUCUUUUCUUUUGUAACUUCCUCAGGUGCCUCUUUUACUGCUCUACGGUCAUGUUGACCGUCCAGGAGUGCAGAGAUAUGAAAUGUUUCAUAUCCUGCGAUGCUGAGCACAAUCCUGUAUCACUACAUAAAACGCUUAAAGGCACAGACAGGGAUUUUGCAAUAAGUCGUAUUUGUUUGUGUUUUUGUUUGUGUUUUUGUUUGUGUUUACAUUCAUUUGCAGAGGCUUUUGUGCAAAAAAACCCAUUCAUUAUAUUUUAACCAAGGACCAAACGAAACCAUCUCUGUGAGGGAAUUAUUGCUGGAUGAACAAAAAAAAAGGUUAUAAUCUAGAAAUCGUGGAAAAUCUGUGACCGUGCCUUUAAUAUAAAACACAAUGGUGAUUGAUAUGAUAAUAUUUGUGUUUCUGAAUGAUAAAAUGAUCUCAAAAUAAUAAAGAUUCAUGUUAA